AUGAGAAGCAACUUUCUCAAACUUAAUGAUGACAAAAUUGAGCUCUUGAUCAUCAGCUCUAAACAGAUGCAGUCCAAAGUACGAUUUCCUGGUUUGAAAAUUGGGGACUGUACGGUUGAGCAAAACUCUUGUGCCCGAAAUCUAGGCGUGAUCAUUGACUCAACACUCAGUCUCGAUAACCAUGUAAGCACAGCAGCAUGGAUAGACUACAGCGUGUGCAAAACGUACACUGCUGCCAGACUCAUCACACGGAAGUCAAUGCGUGAACACAUUACACCCGUCCUGAAAGAGCUGCACUGGCUACCUGUGAGACUCAGGAUCGUGUUCAAGCUGAUCAUGUUUGUCUACAAAUCGAUCCAUGGGCUAUCCCCAGUAUACCUCCAGGAACUCACUGCCCUUUACCAACCUGGCCGAACACUGAGAUCUGCAAACAAACUACAGCUUGCUGUUCCACCAACCAGCAGAACAACAUAUGGUGACAGAACCUUCCGAAAAGCAGGUGCAACUCUAUGGAAUGCACUGCCCAUUGAUGUCAGGGGAUCUGAAGAUGUCAACACCUUUAGAUCAAAACUCAAGACCAUCCUCUUCAAAAGAGCAUACGACUGA